AUGCCGAAGAACUUCAAUAUCGAGAAAGACGAGCACCCGGUGAAGUUCGUUGUGGAUAACUUGACUCCUGAAAUGUACACCCCCUUGUUGAGUUGGCUUCAGGCAGGUGCUGGGGCGGUCCAGGAGGCUCCAGUGCUCUCCUUCUGGUUCAAUCUGCCAAGCGAUGGCCUUCCUGUUCUUCGGGAUUGGCUUCUGACGGCGGAGGGGGUGUACUUCUCUGGGUUCUUGAAGACUGUGAAUCUGGUGAAGCUUGUCUUGAUGCAACAUGUCGGUGUCGCGCCCAAAGCCUGGACCAUGCUGGAGCGGCACUUGCACCAGCACAAGUUCGAAAUGUCAGAAGGGCCGUUGAAGGGCGCGCCUGGCGCGUUUAUAUGGACCGAGAACAUGCCCAUUGUGAAGCAACAGGAUGAUGCAAUUUGCAAGGUGGACGGCAAGUUGAAGGAGCUUUCUUCUGAUGCGCGGAAAGCAGCAUGGACAGCCGACACCAUGAAACUCGCAAGGGAUUGCGCUGCUCUUGGCCAACUCUACCAACGUGACUUGAAGUCGCAAAGGCGAAUCGAGGACAAGAUGGAUGCCCGGAACCUGCACACGGAGCUCAUCAUCAUUCGCAUGUUUGGGAUCCAGACGACCUCCACGACGGCGCCGGUUCCUAUGGAGGACGAGCGGCCACAGGACACGCCUUUGUCUUGGGAAGGAGAACCUGACACAUUGGACCAACUUGUGGACCAGUACAUCAUUGAAUGCAAGAUGAGUGGCCGAACAGCUGGCACAACAUUGAUUCUGGUUCAGAGCAAGUCCCGGAACAACCAAACCACUGACGUGACAGAAGGCCAACAGUUCAAGUUGUACCUCGCUGCUCACGUGGAUGUGGCCGUGCCAAAGGGUGAGUACCAAAUUGCCCACGGGCCUUCAAAGUUCCAGAAAGCAGACCGCAUCGCCAAGCUGCAGCGGGAGGGGAAGCAAGGCUGGCAGCACACACACUCGUUUUCACUUGUUCAGCAAAAAGGAACUUGA